AUGGACAGUCCUCCACUUCCCCUCCUCUCCUUCCCACAACCACAACAACCGCCCCCUCCCACAUCGUCUGAACUAUCUAGGCAAGGACUCGACCCUUCUCUACUUCAAGCCGAACUCGUCCCUUCCUCCCUCUCACCCUCGCUCUCCGACCCCGACGCAAACUAUGGGCUAAACGAGCGUCUCCAGCGCAGACUCGAGGCGCUUGGCGUCGACAACCUCUUCGCUGUGCAGGCGGCGUUGUGGCCCUGGCUCCUCACUGGACCGGAAGCGAGAAGGGGACUGUAUGAACCCCGACGUGCCCCGAGAGACGUGUGUGUGUCUGCCCCUACAGGGAGUGGGAAGACGCUGGCGUACGCGGUGCCUAUUGUGGAGAUCUUGAGUGUCAGAGUCGUCACUAGGCUCAGGUCACUCGUCAUACUUCCCACGAGGGAUCUUGUCCAGCAGGUGAAGGAGACGUUUGAAGCGCUGUGCAAGGGCACAGGGCUAAAAGUUGGGAGUGCGACGGGUGCACAAAGCUGGGCAAAAGAGCAGAAGGCACUUGUAGAAGAUCUGGAGACGAAAUUGCAGGGCGGGUCGAGUAAUAUCGAUAUCUUAGUUUGCACGCCUGGGAGACUUAUUGACCACCUCGACGACACACCAAAUUUCUCCCUCCAACAUCUCCGAUUCUUAGUGAUCGACGAAGCCGACCGUCUCCUCUCCCAAUCCUUCCAGUCCUUCCUCCCCCGUCUGCUGACCGCGCUCACCCCCACGCCUCACCCCGUUCCCCCCUCCUCCGACCUCCUUAUCCCUGACGCGCUAAGCCCAGCUUGGCUCGACCUCCCACACGAAUUCGGCUGGGCCCCUAUGUUGCCUAGUUGUCAGAAACUGUUGUUUAGCGCUACGAUGACGCGGGACCCGGGGGUGUUGAAGUCCCUUGGGCUGAGGAAUCCGAAGUACUUUAUCGUCACUGCUGCGCCUGAGGGAGAGCGGGACGAAGCGAUCAUAAGAGAAGAGUUUAGCGUUCCUGACACGCUCAGCGAAUAUCUCCUAGUCGUACCAACAGACCUCAAGCCCCUGUACCUCUUCCACCUCCUCCACACGCAUCCCAUAACCAACGCUCUAGUAUUCACAAAAUCCACCGAGUCCACCACCCGCCUUCUAAAGCUGUUCGAGUUCUUCGAGUCCGCCCGUCUCUCCGUCUCCACCUCCGUCUCCGCCUCAGCGCAAGACGGAGGAUCCCCCCAAAUCCUCGCGCGGGCAUUCUCGAGCGAGCUCGGAAAGGGAGAGCGAAAGAGCAUACUAGACCAGUUCAAGCAAGGCCGGAUACGCGUGCUCGUCGCUUCCGACCUCGUUUCCCGAGGGAUCGAUAUCCCGGAUGUGUCACACGUUGUCAACUACGACUCUCCGCUCGAUAUGCGUAAGUAUGUGCACAGGGCGGGGAGGACGGCCAGAGCGGGGAGAGAGGGUGAGGUGUGGUCUCUUGUCGAGAGCCAGGAAGCGAGGUGGGUGAGGGAGAUGUUGAAGGCUGCUGGACACUGGAGGAGGGUGAAGAGGGUCAAGUGGGAGGAGGGGGUGCUGGACCCCUUUAGAGGGUUUUAUGCGGUUGCGUUGGAGAGACUGAGGGAAGUGUAUAGUAAGGAAUGA